AUGUUUCAUGCUAAUCAACUGCAUAAUAUGUUUUUCACAAAUUGGAAUUUUGCAGUAUCAAAUCCUAAUGAUAGCUAUAUUAUGUCAAUAACUCCUAUAACAUAUAAUAAUAGUAUUAGUUCAUGUUCAUGUGCAACUAUACCAAGAUGUUCGAGAUCAUUUUUUAUUAGCAAUAAUAAAACAGAAAUAUUACCCGAUAUUUGUGAAAAUAAAAAAUAUUUUAAUACGAAUUCAAGUCGUAGUGAUAUUCUUAAAUAUUUAAUGUUUAUUUAUACAAUAACAUCAUUUCUUUAUAUAUUUGCUUAUUGUUCUUUACAAACAGCAUUAUGUCAUGUUGAAAAUGUAAUUGUACAAAAUAUGAAAAAUGUUUCCAUUGGUUUGUUUGAAUUAAAAAUUUCGAUAAAAAAAUAUCUAUAUUUUGGAAGUUUAUAUCAAGAAUGUGGUAAACCUUUAUACGACUUAUUAACCAAAGCUCAUCAAAAAUUUGAAAAUAUUCUGCAUCCAGAAACUUUACAUAUUAAACAAAUAUUUAUUGACUUUUUUGAUAAAAGACGACCAUUGAUGGGUACUCUAAGGCAAUUAUCUGAACCACAAGUAGCAAAGAACAUAUUUUUAUUUGAUUAA